UUACAUGUCAAGGAGAGUGGCCUCGGACAAAUUUCCUUUUCUGUGAUACCUAAGAUGGUUGGCUUCUUGCCGUAUCCGUUUAUCGCUGUGUAUGGCUGCGGACAUAAAAGUUCGACAUCGGAUCUUUCUCGCUCAUCUAGUGAAAGUGGCAGUGACUUUGGACCGCUGCUUUCGAGCUUUGUACGAACAAAUGGUAAGCAGGUACACGUUCUGGCUGCUUUUGCGGCAUCAGCGGAUCAUAAAAAUGUCGACGAGAAAACGAGCCGUUUCAAGGAGGCCAAAAGUCGACUAACGAAGCUCUUUGAUUGA